AGGGAUAAAAUCCGUCACGGUUUCCACUCGAAACUUAUCUUCGUGAUUCUCUCACAGACGCUCGCUCUCCUUCACUCUGCUUCAUCUUCAUCCGUCCAUGGCUUCACUUCCUUUCGGACUUCUUCAGGCAACAUUUCAAUCUCCUACUCUUUCUCCUCGUUGUUUCUCCUUCUCCAAAUCCGAAACCCUAGGAACCUCUCUGCGUACUUCUACUGGAACCUCUGCAACUUCCUCGCCUUCUUCAAUUCCCGCCGUGUAUUGUGGCAGAGGCGAUAAGAAGACGGAGAAAGGAAAGCGGUUCAAACACUCAUUCGGAAAUGCAAGGCCUAGGGACAAGACGAAAGGGAGAGGGACACCAAGAGUACCAACUCCGCCUUCUCCGCCUAGAAAGGAUAAGUUUGACGACGAUGAGAAAAUCAAGAUCGAAAUCGACGAGUCUCUUUUCUCUCGCUAGUCAAGGAGCAGCCUAGUUCUGUUUGUUUGUUUGAAAUUUGUUUUCUAAAUCCAGAAGGUACCUCCGCUUCUUAUAUUCGCAUUAUUUUUGUAUGAAUUCUUCAGUUGUUUGCUUUCUCAGUCUACUCGAAGUAUGUACGCUCUCCCUUUCUCUUUCUUUUGACCUUUUCUGAGCUUAAUUCCGACUAUUGAUGCUUCAUAGAUAAUCUUCGCGUCAUUAGCAGGCAAUUGUUGAAAUAUAAGUUUGCUUCCUCUUCCAUGUUAUCGAA